CCUCGGGUCGGCACAGAGCCCUUGGGCUGGGACAGCGCAGGCAGCGGAACCAUGAGCCGUGCAGAAAAUAUGAAGGAUAUCCUUGUGAUAUAUGAACAAGAAGCAGAAGAGUGGGCUCUGUAUUUAAAAUCUCUUUUUGGACUCAUAGUAAACAAAGAAGGAAUCUUACUGUACGAUCUGGAGAAUUCAUCUUUCAAGCACCAGGAGCUACUCUGUUUGACAUCUUACAAAUGUAAACUCCUGAUACUCUCAUGUGGACUUCUUAACUGCCUGAAUCAAAAAAGAAGUUAUUUUCUGGAACAAGUUCUGAAACCUUUGGAUAAUGUGGUCAUUCUGCUUUGUGGAGUGGAGAAUUCAGAGAUUCUUUAUGAGAUACUAACCUUAGCUGGAGGCAGCAAAGAGAUUUCUACUGAUCAGAAACCUGAGGAAUAUAUUUCUGUUGUUAAAGGAAUUAUUCAACCAGAUAAACCAUGGGAUGAAAAUCCUGGAGACUCUGUGUCUUACAUCUAUGAAACAGUUCUUACAGAUGAUUACCAGAAUAUCUCUGAUAUUAACUUGUCAGAUGUCAGGGGAGCAUCAGAAAAAACAGACCUCACUUUCAAAACAGAGGUACUUUCUGAAAGAUCAGAAAGUAACGAGCAGUCAAUAUUGGUGCUUCCAAGAAGAAUAUCAUGUGAGAACCCUGGUGAAAUAUUCAUUCUGUUGAAAGAAAAAAUAGAUGAAGAAACUCUAGAAAUUGAAUUCAUAAGAGAUAAUCAACGAAUUAGAACAUGGACAGCCUCUUGGAACAAGAAAGUCAAAUAUGUGAAAGCCCUAGAUUUUCCCACUGGCCCUGUGUAUGUAAAUGUCUACUGUGGGGGAGUCAUUAAGAUGACAGCACAGAUUGAAUACUACACUGCACUAGAGGAAAUUGAACCUAUUUUAAAGAAAGUGGCUGACCCAAUAGCUUUCACUUGUCAGGCAUUGAAAUUUUCUUCUGUAGAGAAAGUAGACAAUGUUCUGACUUCAUUAUUGAAAAGCAAAAUAUCUACUUACGAAUUCAGCCCAUUCCAAAGUGAAGAAGAACACCAUCACCAAGCUAGUAGCCAUUUGGAAGAAUUUCCUACCCUGCUUCACUGUGCAGCCAGAUUUGGCUUGAAGAGCCUUGCAGCAUUUCUACUCAGUUGUCCUGAGGCCACAUGGGCUUGCAAAAUAACCAAUAAAUAUGGAGAUGAUCCAGAAAAUAUUGCAAAGAAGCACGGGCACGAGGAAUUAAGAAAAUUAAUCAAAGAAUUUGUUGUAGAAACUCAAUUUCUGAUGUGUCUUUGUUGUGCACUCCACAUGGAACUGGAAGCUUCAGCAAAUGGGUAAUUUUGUUUUUAUCAUAAUGCACUCAUACUCUGGUUUGCGGCUAUUUCAGGGGAAGACAAACAUGCAUGGUACAGGCAGACUAAGCUGAUACACAGAGAUACAUAUUGCAAUUCUACAGUCUUCACAUUUUAAUAGACUGUCAGUGAUGGAAGGCAGUGCUUGUCAGGGUGAUUUAUUUCACUCUAAAAAGUGUGUUAAGUGUGUACAUACCCCUGGUUAGCUUUUCUUUAUUAAGUUUAUUAAUUGUCCUAAUAAAGUCUAAGUAUUUGUCAGUCUAAAAUAUGUGUUUAAAAUGGCAACUGAGCUCUACAGUAUAAUUUUUCAUUAAAAUACUUCUCCCAUGGUACAUACCUCCUAUUGUUUGCAUGUGAACAGUAAUAGUUCUCUGCUUUCCCAACCGUGAAUACUUGUACCAAUAUUGAAGUAAAAACUAUUCUAUGAAAACUGUAAACCUGUGUAGUCUGGACAGGACAUGCAGUUGUACUACCUCUUUUCAGUUGAUUCAAAUCAACUUAUGGUGUGGCUUAUGGUAAUGCAACAAAAGUAAAAAUCUGAGCAUGCUUCAAAUCUGCCAAAUGUGUAAUUUGAUCCUAUAGAAAUCUUAGCUCCAACCACUGGAAGAAAAAUGGCUUAUUUGUGUCUCCUGUAGUAGUGCACUUAAGCACACAAACACUUACUGUACCUCUGUAAUUGAUGGGAAUGUGGAAAAGAAAUAUUUGCAUGGCUCUGAGCCAAGAAGAAUUUAGUUUAACCAUGUUCCUGGAACUUCCCAUUACAGCUGUAGUGUUGACAUUACUUAUUACUAUGAUAGAAGUACUUUUGCAUUUGGCAUACCUCUCACUGUUUUAAGUGUUACUUGUGUUUGGUUGUUCCUUUAAGGAUUAGCCCUAAAAUACGCAUA